GCAAAUUGUCUGUGCGCUGGUGAGCACUGGCCAGGUGAGGUGUCGGUGUGACCCUAACCCUCUAGUUGCCUGAACGGAGGCGGAGGGCCCGCGACGGUGAGGGACGUGGUUAUGAAAGCCGGUUGAUCUCAGGAGUCGUGGCAUGAAUUGAGUGUUUAAAACUAGGCUUGACUGAUAUAUUACUACUUUUUGUAUUCGAGUUCAUACUGUUCUCAUUUUGCGCAUCAAUUGGCUCUUCCCUCAAACUCGCAUCCUGUAACUGCAUCACUUCAGUUUGUUGACAGCGUCAUUGAAAUUCAGUUCUGAUACACACGCUCCAACUUGUAUAGACAACGACACUCUCCCAAAAAUGACCUCCCAACUUCCAGCGUUCCCUCGAUUUGUCUUUACAAUAGCAGAGCCAAUAUCACUCAUCUCCGGCACUAUUGGCGCCGUUGUAUUCCCCCGUUACUUCCUCGCAGCUCAAACACCAACCCCCAUGCUAUCAUUCCCAGAACAAUCCCUCCUGGUCUCCCAACAACUAGGAAACAUGUACUUCCUCGCCUUCCUCCUCGGCCUCUUUGUCCUUCACAGUACCACCGAGAUCAAAGUCGUGAGGAGCUACCUCUGGGCGCUCUGGUUGGCUGACAUUGGACACAUGGCUGUUACAUGCCGUAUUCUUGGGUGGGAAGAGUCGGUUGGGAUGUUGAGGUGGAACGAGAUGACUUGGGGAAACUUGGGUGCUACUGGAUUUCUCUUCACUGUAAGGAGUUUGUACUUUCUGGGGGUGUUCGGACCCGAUGGGUCAGAUGAAGAGGACACCAGGGGAAGGAAAAAGACAAGGAGGGUGAAAGAGCUGUAAUCGUGAGACAAACCAAGACUCCAAAGUGAUGGUGUCUGGCUGAUGAUGUCCAUUCCUUGCAGACAGAGGUGAGUGAGCAGUUGGGUGAGCUUUUGUUUAGUUGUUGAACAAGUUUUCGGUGGAUUAGUAUUGCGGCAACUCUACGGGAUACAAUGACCAGAAGAAAGCUGUAUAAACAAGUUGCUAUAUGAACAUACAUGAACUUAGUCUGUACCUUUGUGUAAGUGAGACUGCAGAUACCCUAACCCUAAUGGUGUUUAUCAAG